UCUGAGGGAUAUAAUAUUUCUUUCUUUCGUGUUGAACUCUAUCUAGGGUUUAGUUUUCCCCUUCUAUCUCUGCUUCAAACCUUUUUCAUCCCUCUUUUAAUCACCACCACAUCUCGUCUGAAAUAUUCUUCUUCUUCUUCUACCCUUUCAUUCUCCUUUUCUUUUAUACUCUUUGUAAAUCUAACGAUGGAUCCCAAUGCGAACGGGAGUUCCUCUGAUGGAGAAACUAACGAUGUUAAAACCCUAAACCACCAUACAGGAGAGGAGAAACCUCACCAAAACCAUCAUCAUCAUACGGGAGAUGGUGCUAGCCCUGGGAAGAUUUUUAUUGGUGGUCUAGCGAAGGAGACUACUCCUAUUCAGUUUACCAAGCAUUUUGGUAAAUAUGGAGAAAUCACAGACUCUGUGAUAAUGAAAGAUCGAGUAAGUGGGCAGCCCCGUGGAUUUGGUUUUGUGACUUAUGCAGAUGCCUCUGUAGUUGACAGAGUUAUCGAAGAUACUCAUGUUAUUAAUGGAAAACAAGUUGAAAUCAAGCGGACCAUACCUAAGGGAACCAUGGGAUCCAAGGAUUUCAAGACCAAAAAGAUCUUUGUGGGCGGCAUUCCUACUAGCGUAAACGAAGAUGAAUUUAGUGGGUUUUUCUCUAAGUUUGGAGAGAUCAAGGAACAUCAAAUCAUGCGAGACCAUGCAAGCACUCGUUCUCGGGGUUUUGGGUUUAUUACAUUUGAUAGUGAGGAAUCUGUUGAUAACAUCCUGUCUCAAGGGAACAAGAUCGAAUUUGCUGGAGCUCAGGUGGAGAUCAAGAAAGCAGAACCCAAGAAAUCUAACCCGCCAUUGGCACCACCCAGGCGUUUUUCCAAUUCUAGGCCCAGUACUUAUGGUGAUGCUGGUGCUGGUGCAUUUGGGGAUGCUUAUGAUGGGUAUGGUGCCGGUGGUGGAGGUUAUGGUGGUGGGUCCUAUAGGUCAGGCGGGGGAUAUGGGGGUAGACCAGGUGGCUAUGCAGGAUAUGGCACUAGUGAAUUCGGUGGUGGAUAUGGAUAUGGUGGUAGCGGUCUAGGCGAUUAUAGAGAGCCUUCUCUAGGAUAUGCAGGCCGUUAUGGCGGAGGCUUCAGUAGAGGUUAUGACCUAGGAGGUGGUUAUGGUGGAGGAGCUGGUGAGGGUUAUGGUGGCUAUGGUGGUGGUGCUGGUGGUUAUGGUAGUAGCUAUGAUGCAGGCUUUGGGAGUGGCUACCGAGGUAGCGGUGGAAGCUCCCUAUAUGGAAAUAGAGGUGGUUAUGGAGGUAGUGGUGGUGGUCGUUACCAUCCUUAUGCAAGGUAGAGAACUCCAAUAGCAGUAAUGGUCCGUGGAAGUACAAAGCAGAACAACUUAGUCCUCUAUGUCUUCGCUUGUUAGCUUCAAGCGGGUAGAGAAGGGUAGAUCAUCUUGCUUACUGAUGUGAUCCUUGGCAAACCAGGACUUGGUCUUCUAUUGUUAGCUUAAUGAUGCGACCCUUAGAAUUUGAAUCUAUUUUAGUUUGUAUUACUGCUUGGUUUAUUUUUAAUUUUCUUAACUUCUAGAUAUACUCUGUUUGAUAAGAUGAACAUCAGAUAAUUAAUAUUUUCUUUGAUGUGUUGGUUGUUCAAGGAAAAAAGAACUUCUUAGAAACCU